AUGACGAAGCAAGAGUCUCUGAAGGAGGCGAUGCGUGAGGUACUGGAGACAAAGGGCGUGAUGGAUCACGUCAAGGCGGAACUACGCGCUGCCAUUUUUCACGCAUUGCAGGAUUCUGCCAUGCAUGAAGACGGCGCGCCAUUGGCCAGGCCGCCGGUUCCACCGGAGAAUUUGCUGCUUAACGAGUUGAUCAGGGAGUACAUGGCGUUUAACAAGAUGGAACACUCGCUCUCAGUCUUCUGCGCGGAGUCCGGUGUGGCGAAGAACAUAUCGGCCCCUGUUCCGCGUGCCGUUCUUGCUGCGCAGUUGAACAUGACAGGAGCACCGGCAUCGGUGCCUCUCCUGUACGCCAUGCUGCACGAAAUACGCGCCGCAGCAGAUGGAUAG